AUGCUUCAGAAUGGCAAUGACGCAAUCUUGAUUACAGAUGAGGUUGGCAUUGGCAAGACAGCACAGGUGCUGGGCGUGAUCUGCAUGGUGGCCAAUUCUGGCUUAGAGAACCGCCCCGUACCGACGUUUGCUAAGUGCAUCCACUCUCUGCACGCAUGUCACUCAUCUGCCACAGGUGGGGGUCCACUAGAGUCCACCCCUCAUAUCAUCAUAUCCACCACUACCUUGCAGCAGAUUUGGCUGAGUGAGGCUCACAUGUGGUGCACUGGCUUCGAGUUCUUCGAGUACACCGGUCGCUACAAAAAGUGA